AUGAGAAAAACCGACGAUAGAUGGACUAAAAGAACGCUAGAGUGGAUCCCAAGAGAUGCUAAACACCCUCGAGGGAGACCGCCAAAGAGAUGGGGUGACGUGUUCGCUACACGAAUGGACCAGCUGAGAGCUCAGCUGGAUACGGCUCAAGGACCUCGUCAACGUCACUCACGAAACUUGAGAACAUCUCGGAUAACAAUGGCGAGAGAACGAAACGAGCGGAAGAGAUGCUGGGGCCUGCACGUUCAGUGA